GCUGGACCUUCAGUCUGAACAAGCAGCACAGACAACUCGAACCUGAAUUAUCGUUUUGCCGAUGGCUCUCGGGCGAUAUAAGGCUCGUAUUACUAAAAGCAUCUCGUUCAUAUUCUCACUUUAUUAGUCUGCACAUUCGGACAUCGUGACAAGCACUCAUGAUAUGCAGGACCAAUACUGUCUUUAAGUUGUAGGGUCUAACUUGAACAAGGAUCGACAAUAGUCAGGUGCCUCCGACCACAGGAUGCUCCCCAACUUGUCCCCGUGUCUCUUGAUAUCGGAUGUUCUCUCCUUUUGCCUCUCCUCGUCAUUCGUACGCGAAUACAUCAAGCUUUGGGCUUGCGUUGUGCCGAUGUGCAAGUCUCCGCGUGUCUUUCUCUCUCACUACCUAGUUUGGGUGCUACGUCCCCAUGCGAGAGGUCAGUUGAUCUCCUCCGAUGCGUUGCUUAUGGGUGACCAGACCACGCAACUUUGCCUUUUUUUCAAAUGUUCAGACCAAUUAUGUCGGGUUGUACCAUAUGCAUAUCAUCCUUUAGCCUCGGCCACCGGUCCGCAGACUCUUUUGACUUUGUGUUAUGAAGAAAUUGGUUCUUGAGAUAUAGUUUAUUGCAGGAUCUAUGUCAGUGCUUCAGCACCCCAGAUGACACGAUGUCUGAACCUUCUCCAAUUUGAUCUUCUUCCUUGCCCGGAUGAGCUUCGGUGGACGUCGUGCCAGCCUAUAACUUCGGCAUUACCAUUCAUCCAUAGUCACAGAGCCUCCCUGGGGGUCGUGAAUGACUGCGUUCAUGUCAAAGUCCUGCCUUUGCCCGCAACAUCCUCGGUGUGUGUUGUGCGGGCCGCCGCCAAUUACUCGGAUAUGUUCUUCACGACUUAUAGACCUAACAUGUCCGUUUGCAAAAGCUUCAGUGGUAUAAAAUGGAUUCGUUGGUGCGUUUAGACAGCAGGUGAGCUCUUAAACAACAGCCAUGGUUCGGUUCGCACUUCUAUCCCUCCUAGCCACGACGCUGAGCCCUUUUGCCUAUGCGGUAUCUUCGCAAACGUACACUUGGAAGAACGUGAAGAUUGGCGGUGGCGGUGGCUUUGUGCCAGGUAUCGUCUUCAAUCCAUCCCAAAAGGGACUCGCAUAUGCUCGUACCGACAUCGGUGGUGCGUAUAAGCUCAACUCUGAUGACACUUGGACGCCUCUGCUGGACUUCGCGAAUGACGCGAGAUGGAACUACUGGGGAGUGGAUGCACUCGCUACCGAUCCAGUCGAUCCUCAGCGUCUCUACUUGGCAACCGGAAUGUAUACAAACUCAUGGGACCCCAACAACGGCCAAAUUCUCAUUUCGACUGACCAAGGCAAGACUUUCACUCCAUCAAAGCUUCCUUUCAAGGUUGGAGGAAAUAUGCCCGGACGUGGAAUGGGAGAGCGUUUGGUCAUCGAUCCAAACUCCAACAACAUUCUCUUCUUCGGCGCUCGCAGUGGAAAUGGGCUGUGGAAAUCCACUGAUUUUGGUGCUACCUGGACUCAGGUGAAAGGUCUUCCCAGUACUGGUACCUACAUUCCUGACCCGACGGAUACUAGUGGGUACAACAAUGACAAGAUCGGGGUCUCAUGGGUAACAUUUGACUCGACCUCCGGUUCAUCUGACAAGGCAACCCCUCGUAUUUUUGUCGGCGUUGCGAACCAAGGAUCCGACAAUAUCUUCGUCUCGAAUGAUGCCGGUUCCACCUGGUCCGCUGUUGCUGGACAAAACAGCACAUUCAUCCCACACAAAGGUGUUCUGUCGCCUGCAGAGAAGUCGCUGUACAUCUCAACGUCGGAUGGUGCAGGUCCCUAUGACGGAACCUUGGGUGCACUGUACAAGUAUAACAUCACAUCUGGUACAUGGACCGACAUCACACCCGUUUCUGGUGGCGACCUGUACUUUGGAUUUGGUGGUGUAGCGGUCGACUUGCAGAAGCCAGGAACUAUCAUGGUUGCAGCUCUCAACAGCUGGUGGCCAGACGGCCAGAUCUUCCGCUCAACAGAUGGUGGGCAGAGCUGGACGGCGCUUUGGGCUUGGGAAUCAUACCCAACCAUGAACCGGUACUACAAAUACGAUGAUACCUUUGCGCCGUGGCUCGGUCCUAAUGUUGACGAAACAGAACUCGGCACUCUUCAAAUCGGUUGGAUGAUGGAAUCUCUUGUGAUCAAUCCAUUCGAUUCCAACCAUUGGCUCUAUGGAACUGGUGCGACUAUUUACGGCGGCCACGAUCUGCUGCAGUGGGAUACAACUCGCAACGUCACUUUGAAGUCCCUGGCAGAUGGUAUAGAGGAAACCUCAGUACAAAGUCUGAUAUCUCCACCGACUGGUCCUCCCUUGAUUUCAGCCCUUGGUGACAUUCAAGGAUUUGUUCACGACAGCCUAACCACCGCCCCGGCAAACUCUUUCACUAACCCAAUCUGGUCAACCGCUGUUGAUGUUGACUUUGCUGGUAACAAGCCUACGAACAUUGUUCGGCUCGGCAACGGUGAUAGUUCAGAAGGAAAACAAGUCGCACUCUCCACGGAUUCUGGAAAGACAUGGUCGCAAGACUAUGGUGCUGCAGACAACGUGUCGGGAGGCAAGAUCGCUCUUUCGGCUGACGGCGACACUGUUCUCUGGCGUGCUUCAGCCAAUGGUGUUCAAGUUUCCCAAUACACCAAUCCCUUCGCUGCUGUUCCUUCUCUCCCGUCUGAUGCCGCCAUCGCUUCAGACAAGAAAAACAACUCGAUCUUCUACGGUGCCUCUGGCUCCAUGUUUUACCUCUCUACUGACGGUGGCAAGACUUUCGCUGCCAAGGGUUCACUUGGUUCCUCCACCUCUCCCGUCAAGAUCGUGGUUAAUCCUAGCGUCACCGGUGAUGUUUGGGUUUCCACUGACAAGGGAAUUUUCCACUCGACUGAUCUCGGAAGUACAUUCACGUCACUCUCCGGUGUCUCACAGGCCUGGGCAAUCGCUCUUGGCGCACCUGCGAAGGCAGGAGGCUAUCCUGCUCUUUUUGCUGCUGCGAACAUUGAUGGUGUUGGGUACUUCCGCUCAGAUGACGCUGGUGUCAACUGGGUGAAGAUCAAUGAUGCAGCUCAUGGUUUCGGAUCCGCCAGUGCUAACUGCAUCACAGCGGAUCCCAGAAUCUACGGACGUGUAUACAUUGGUACGAACGGGCGUGGAAUUUUCUACGGUGACGCAUCAGGUACCGCUCCUGCCCCGACGUCCACAGUCCCAAGUUCGACAUCAGCCACCGCACCUCCAAGUACAACGUCAGCUCCAGCCCCUUCAAGCUCAUCGCCUACUACCAUUACUUCCGCGCCCAGCUCGUCCCAUACCACCACAGUCAUUAGUUCAGCACCCGCCCCUUCUGGUACCCAGACUGUUUGGGGACAAUGCGGCGGAAUCGGAUACACUGGUCCAACGGUUUGUGCAGCAGGUGCGAAAUGCACAAUUCAAAAUGCCUAUUACUCCCAGUGCAUCCCUUCAUAAAGGAAUCGGUCAGAGAUAUAAAGAGUAAUCCAAAAAGGUGGCGCACAAUGAGAGAGGUCGUGUAUCAAUAUAACAUCUUUAGGCAUAGGAAGAUUAACGGUUCUUCCAUUCUUUCUCCCAUACCUGUGAAUAAUUGCGUGAGCAGAGCGCAACAUCUAGUGAGAUCUUUCAUACCUCGAAGAAACGUCGCCGAUCCACCACGCCGAUACCUCGACAGCUCGUUAAGUUAAGCUGCGACAAGCGAGGACAUGCGUCGAUGAU